AGCAGCCACAGCCCGGAGGGAGGCCCUGGGCGAGCCGGCGGGGGACGGGCUGGGCCCAGCACCGCCCCUCCAGGUAGCCGGCCGCGAGGUAACUUGAACUACUGCAGCCAUGGAGUCCAUGCUUAAUAAAUUGAAGAGUACUGUUACGAAAGUAACAGCUGAUGUCACUAGCGCUGUUAUGGGAAAUCCUGUCACUAGAGAAUUUGAUGUUGGUCGACACAUUGCCAGUGGUGGCAAUGGACUGGCAUGGAAGAUUUUUAAUGGCACAAAGAAGUCAACUAAACAGGAAGUGGCUGUUUUUGUCUUUGAUAAAAAGCUGAUUGACAAAUAUCAAAAAUUUGAAAAGGAUCAGAUCAUCGAUUCUUUAAAACGAGGAGUCCAACAGCUCACCCGGCUACGCCACCCUCGACUUCUUACUGUCCAGCAUCCUUUAGAAGAGUCAAGGGAUUGCUUGGCAUUUUGUACAGAACCAGUUUUUGCAAGUUUAGCCAAUGUUCUUGGUAACUGGGAAAAUCUACCCUCUUCAAUAUCUCCAGACAUUAAGGAUUAUAAACUUUAUGAUGUAGAAACUAAGUAUGGUUUGCUUCAGGUUUCUGAAGGAUUGUCAUUUUUGCAUAGCAGUGUGAAAAUGGUUCAUGGAAAUGUUACUCCUGAAAAUAUAAUUUUGAAUAAAAGUGGAGCCUGGAAAAUAAUGGGUUUUGAUUUUUGUGUGUCAUCAAGCAAUCCUUCUGAACAAGAGCCUAAAUUUCCUUGUAAAGAGUGGGACCCAAACUUACCAUCAUUGUGUCUUCCGAACCCUGAAUACUUGGCUCCUGAAUACAUCCUCUCCGUGAGCUGUGAAACAGCCAGUGAUAUGUAUUCCUUAGGAACUGUUAUAUAUGCUGUCUUUAAUAAAGGGAAACCUAUAUUUGAAGUCAACAAGCAAGAUAUUUACAAGAGUUUCAGUAGACAGUUGGAUCAGCUGAGUCGUUUAGGAUCUAGUUCACUUACAAGUAUACCUGACGAAGUCCGUGAGCACGUGAAACUGUUACUGAAUGUAACUCCAACUGUAAGGCCUGAUGCAGACCAAAUGACAAAAAUUCCCUUCUUUGAUGAUGUUGGUGCCGUCACACUUCAGUACUUUGAUACCUUAUUCCAAAGAGAUAAUCUUCAGAAGUCACAGUUCUUCAAAGGAUUGCCAAAGGUUCUACCAAAGCUGCCCAAGCGUGUCAUCGUGCAGAGAAUUUUGCCUUGUUUGACUUCAGAAUUUGUAAACCCUGAUAUGGUACCUUUUGUUUUGCCUAAUGUUCUACUGAUUGCUGAGGAAUGCACCAAAGAAGAAUAUGUCAAAUUAAUUCUGCCUGAACUUGGUCCUGUAUUUAAACAGCAGGAGCCAAUCCAGAUUUUGUUGAUUUUCCUACAAAAAAUGGAUUUGCUCCUAACCAAAACCCCUCCUGAUGAGAUAAAGAACAGUGUGCUGCCCAUGGUCUACAGAGCCCUGGAGGCUCCUUCCAUUCAGAUCCAGGAGCUCUGUCUAAACAUCAUCCCAACUUUUGCAAAUCUUAUAGACUACCCGUCCAUGAAAAAUGCUUUGAUUCCAAGAAUUAAAAAUGCUUGUUUACAAACAUCUUCCCUUGCUGUUCGUGUGAAUUCAUUAGUCUGUUUAGGAAAGAUUUUGGAGUACUUGGAUAAGUGGUUUGUUCUUGAUGAUAUCCUGCCCUUCUUACAACAGAUUCCCUCCAAGGAGCCGGCAGUCCUCAUGGGAAUUUUAGGUAUUUAUAAAUGUACUUUUACUCACAAGAAACUGGGAAUCACCAAAGAGCAGCUGGCUGGAAAAGUGCUGCCUCAUCUCAUUCCUCUGAGUAUUGAGAACAAUCUUAAUCUCAAUCAGUUCAGCUCUUUCAUUGCCGUCAUAAAGGAGAUGCUGAGCAGACUGGAGUCGGAACACAGGACUAAGCUGGAGCAGCUUCACGUGAUGCAGGAGCAGCAGAGGUCUUUGGAUAUAGGAAAUCAAAUGAACACUCCCGAGGAGAUAAACGUGACACAUGCUGGAAGUCAGCAGAUUGACAAGGUCUUUAACAACAUUGGCGCAGACCUUCUAACUGGUGGUGAAUCAGAAAAUAAAGAAGAUGGGCUACAAAAUAAACAGAAAAGAGCGUCACUUACACUUGAAGAAAAACAGAAAUUAGCAAAAGAGCAGGAGCAGACACAGAAGCUGAGAAGCCAGCAGCCUCUCAAGCCCCAGGCCCACACUCCCACUGCGCCCGUCAAACAGACUAAGGACUUGACUGACACGCUGAUGGACAACAUGGCCUCGUUGAGCAGCCUUUCUGUUAGCACUCCCAAACUUUCUGCUUCAAGUACCUUCACGUCUGUUCCUUCCACGGGCCUCAACAUGAUGUUCUCUACACCAAUUGAUAAUACAAAGAGAAAUUUGACAAAUGGCCUAAAUGCCAACAUCGGCUUUCAGACUUCGGGGUUGAACAUGCCGGUCAAUCCGAACCAGAACUUCUUCAGUGGCACGAGCACAGCUGGAGUGAGCACAAUGGCGCUGGGAGCAGCCCCCACUCUGUCAAACUACAGUUCUGUGAAUGUUCCUCCUGCUCGUGUGAAGCAGGCUCAACAGAGACCGACCGAUAUGUCUGCCCUCAAUAAUCUCUUUGGCCCUCAGAAACCCAAAGUUAGCAUGAACCAGCUAUCCCAACAGAAACCAAAUCAGUGGCUGAAUCAGUUUGUGCCUCCUCAAGGGCCCCCAGGUCUGGGCAGCGCAGCCAUGGGCACACAGGUGAAUGCGAUGGGACAGACUGCCUUUGGUAUGCAGGGUAACCCUUUCUUUAACCCACAGAACUUUGCACAGCCACCGGCUACUAUGGCCAGCAGCAGCUCAGCUAGCAAUGACUUGAAAGACCUUUUCGGGUGAGCUGUCCGAGCUGCUCUUUGGAGGCUCCCUGCCCUUUUCCGUCCCCGGUAAACAGAUUUACAUCGCUGUGCAGCUGGCUUGAAGAAACUGCUUCUGGGGGAGACAAAGAGCACGUGCCUCCAUGCCAGCCAGCGCAGGAGUUGUGUGGAUCCUAGCCAGUCCAUUUUUUAAAGCAUUGAGAAUUUUCUCCUCUUACAAACUCCUCUUCAGGGUUUUCAAGAUCCGGCCCUCACUAGGCUCAAAGUGCAAAAGGACCACCGAGUUGUCUUGGGUAGCAGUUUUUAACUCAGAUGUUUAUUUUGCCGUGUAAAUCUUCAUGUGAUUAGAAACUGUGGGUUGAUGGUGACUGGAAGCUCACCUGUUACCUACUACCUUUGUAUUCCUUUGUCUUCAUUUAAUGUGAAGGAUCUUGAUGCUGUGUUGAUUGGCUUGCAAUUAUACAACAGUAGAUGGUAUCGUGAAGAGGAAGGAUUGAGUUGCUUUUUCUAGUCUUAUUUUUCAAAGAAACUUAUGCUUCAUACAAAAGACAGUAAAGAUGCUGCAAACCUUAACUUAUACUAAUUUUAUUGAUUUAAAAACAUUAUUGACCAUUUUUAAAUGCAAACUAAUCAUUGUGAGUUAUAUUUUAGCAUGAUCUGCCUCAAAUAGCAAUGUAUUUUCUGCCUUUACUUGAAUAUAUUUAGGAUCACCUUUUCCCUGUUGUAUCACAGGAGAGCCGUGUACUGACUUGUACAGAAAGCAGGCGAAGCACCCGGUUACGGCUUUCUCGACCACUGCCUUCAUACUCGAGUUUGAAUUCAAACUUCUGAAGUUGCAGCAUAUAUGAAUUACAUUUUCAAACGGAGAUUUGUAAAAA